CAAACUAUAGAGAGCAAAAAGUGAUUUUCAAAAAAAUCCAGUUUCCCCUCCAUCCUCCACGUAAGUUCCACCUCGUUGUUCCUACAGUUUUCCCUCGAUCAUCAAGAGAAGUACUACAAUAAAUUCAAUAAUCUUUCUGCCCUUUUUCCAACAAUCUUACGCCAAAUAAACAAAAUGCUCAAAAUAAUUUCUCGUACAAAAUGGAACCCUCUCAAAAAUCGCCAUCACAACCCACCACAUUUCUUCAAUUCCUCAACAUCAUCUCAUCAAUUUCACCCUCAAUCUGAUUUUUCAUCAUCUGGGUAUUCUCCAGAAGCUUCAAAUUCCUUCAAUUCUCUCCUUUUUCUCAGCCAUAAUAGAUUUUUUUCACCUGGGUAUUCGGUGAAUCGCGGUAAUUUCAAGAAUUUAAGCUGGAUUGGAGGUGGGCUUUUGUGGAAUUCCAGUUUGGUGGGAUCAAAGAGGAGUUUUUGCAGCGGUUCCGGCCGAGAAUCGAUGGAAUACGAUGUCGUUAUAGUGGGAGCUGGGCCUGCUGGGUUAUCUGCUGCUAUACGGUUGAAGCAACUUUGUGUUGAAAAGGAUGUUGAUUUGUCAGUUUGUGUUGUGGAGAAAGGGGCUGAAGUGGGAGCACAUAUAUUAUCUGGAAAUGUCUUUGAGUCACGAGCGUUGGAUGAACUCCUUCCUGAAUGGAAACAGGAACAGGCACCCAUCGAUACUCCUGUUCUUUCUGAUAAGUUUUGGCUCCUUACAAAGAGUCGUGCAUUCUCACUUCCAAGUCCAUUUGACAACAAAGGAAACUACGUUAUAAGUUUAAGUCAGCUGGUGCGCUGGAUGGCAACAAAAGCUGAGGAACUAGGGGUUGAGAUAUAUCCUGGCUUUGCCGCCAGUGAGAUAUUGUACAACACGAAUAAAGAAGUUGUUGGUAUAGCAACAAAUGAUAUGGGAAUUUCGAAAGAUGGAUCCAAGAAACACAACUUUCAGCGUGGCGUAGAAUUGAAAGGGCGGGUUACCCUUCUUUCAGAGGGUUGUCGAGGAUCACUAUCAGAGAAAAUAAUAGAAGAGUACAACUUGAGAAAUAAGGGGAAGGCUCAACAUCAAACUUAUGCUCUGGGGAUUAAAGAGGUGUGGGAAAUUGAUGCCAGCAAACAUCAACCUGGCUUUGUGCUUCACACACUGGGUUGGCCAUUGGAUUACAAGACAUAUGGGGGCUCUUUUCUUUACCACAUGAAAGAUAACUUGGUAUCUAUUGGCCUUGUUGUUGCCCUAGACUAUCAAAAUCCUUAUCUGAACCCAUACGAGGAAUUUCAGAAACUCAAACACCAUCCUGCAAUCAAACCAAUGCUUGAAGGUGGCAGUUGUAUCCAGUACGGUGCUCGUACUCUGAAUGAAGGUGGUUUUCAGUCUAUUCCAUAUCCAGUUUUUCCUGGAGGCGCAAUAAUUGGAUGCUCCGCUGGAUUCUUAAAUGUACCAAAAAUCAAAGGAACACAUACAGCAAUGAAAUCGGGAAUGCUAGCAGCGGAAUCUGCUUUUGGUCUCUUGCAUGAGGGCUUAAUGAUGGACAGAUAUUGGGACAAGUUACAGACUUCUUGGAUAUGGGAAGAACUCUACAAAGCGAGAAACUACCGGCCUGCUUUUGAAUAUGGGCUUGUCCCUGGUUUGACCAUGAGUGCUCUAGAACAUUACAUACUGAGAGGAAAGUCGCCUUGGACUCUGAAGCAUGGAAAAUUUGAUCAUGAAGCAACAAAUGUGGCGAAGUUACAUUCACCUAUUCAUUAUCCAAAACCUGAUGGAGUUAUCUCCUUUGACGUGCCAACUUCACUUUACAGGAGUAACACAAAUCACGAUCAUGAUCAACCUACUCAUCUUCGGUUGAAGGAUCCCCUGAUCCCUGAUCAAGUAAAUUUACCUGAAUAUGCUGGUCCUGAGUCGCGAUAUUGCCCAGCACGUGUAUAUGAGUACCUUCCUGAUGACAGUGGUGACAUGAAGCUGCAAAUCAAUGCCCAAAAUUGUCUCCAUUGCAAGGCAUGUGAUAUCAAAGACCCAAAGCAGAACAUCAAUUGGACAGUUCCAGAAGGGGGUGGAGGCCCAGGCUACUCUGUAAUGUAGGAUGUAAGUCCUUCAUUCGUUCUCACAUGUUUCUUGUAGACUUAUAUUAUAAUGGACACAAACAGAAAAUGAAGAAAGUUUAGCAAGAAUAUGUCAAUCAAUGUAAAAAGUUCAUUGCGAGAUUUGUAGUUGGUAGUUGAGAAUUUAUUGUUAAUGUAAAUAAAAUUUGGAACAACCCUUUGCUGGAUAAACUAGGCUGUUUAGCAAGGUAGGAUAAUUGUUUUCUAGUGAAUGAUAUGAUAUAUUGAUAUGAAGGGAUAGAACUCAUAGAAGUGGUGCAUCACCAAAUACUCCUGAAUAAAUCAUCGCUUGAAAUUCUCCUUGUACUAAA